UAUAUGGGCUCAAGCGGGCCCGACUGAGGCUUGGAUCAAACUGGACAUGGCUUUGAUCACUGAUGGGAACGAUGCCCGCUGGUAUAAGACGUUAUAAGGACGAUAGAAGGACUCUCAUACAGACAACGGGGAAAACUCGCUACACGGAAGAUCAAUCAUCGUUCAAACUUCAUUUGCGCCGGGCGCAUUCAAAACGCCGGUAUCCGCCCACCAGUGACCACAGCGCGAGCAACGUACUACAAAGAUAUUCCAUCAAUCCCAGUCACAAGCUCAGCUGAGGUGAACGUGGCAGCUAACGUUCACCAAAAUUCAUACAUGCAUAAUCACAACAUCUGAUGACAUCGCAGAUGGCAGUUUGAACAUCGCUUGCUUCUACGAUGCUUGAUUGGCAUUGCCACCGCAGCACAGCAGGCAAAUGCUACAAACGUGUGAAGCAGUGUGCACCCUUGGGUACAGCCCCGCCUCGCUUUUUCCAUCGACAUUGCAUCCUCGUCGGAUUGUGCUUUGCCUAGGCAGAGAUGACUUCCGUAUGCUAAUAGCGGGGCCGCAGUUUCUAGGAGUUUGCUUCAACUGGGCGUUGUUGGGGCUGCUGAACUUGCAAGUCUAUUUGUACUAUGACUACUUCCCCAAGGAUCGAUGGUACCUCAAAUGCUUAGGUACGAAAUUCAGGAAUGUAUCCGUCACGGCUCAUAUAUUGUUCGUAGCAUACGGCAUGCUCAUCUUUGAAUGGGUCCAGACCGGCCUGCUCACGGAGACUGCGAUGAGCAUUUACGUCUACGGCUACGACGACGUGAAGGACCUGCUCGAGUUCCACAAUACGUGGUUCUCGGCGACGAUGAUGUGCGGCAUCAUCUCGGCCACUGUGCAGAUAUUUCUCGCGUGGAGGAUAUAUAAGCUCUCAACGUCGCGCGUGGUGGCGGGAAUCAUUGUCGUGCUCGCUGUUCUGCAGUGUGUCACGUCUCUCAUGAGUGGCGCGGUUGAGAAGUCGGCCCGCAUAGCUGCUGCGUUCGACAACAAUGUUAUUGUCGUCUGGCUGGUCGCAAGCGCGGUCGUGGACAUUUUGAUCGCCGUAUCGAUGACGAUCCUGCUACUUAAGAACAAGACGGGAAUCAAAUCCACCGACGCAAUCAUCAACGGAUUGGUCCGGCUUGUCGUGGAGACAGGCACACUGACUGGUUCAUGCACCUUGUUUUCCAUAAUGUUAUUCGCUUUCAUGAAGUUGUGUACAGCGAGUUUAGCUAUCAUCGUGUUGAUCACUGCAAGUGUCAAGCCAGUAAGUCGCUGGAGCCAAAUACGGCGGUUCCAUAGCGAGCUAAUCUGUGGGCAGUGGCAUGACACAUUAGUCUAUGAAGCACCCGCAAUGCUAUUGACGAAAAGGUACUCCAAUACGUUUCUGACAAAUUUAAACAGCCGCGAGUUCAUACGGAGACGAGAUGCGGCUAUGAUCGAGCUCGCGCCGAAGAGUGAACUGCAGUUCGCACAGAAUGUCACUGUCCACCGCGUCGAAAUCUCCACACCACCUGGGAUGGAGUCUUCGACGAGUGAUGCUGCGAGCGUGGCCUUCGAGGGAGCGUUGGGCUCGCUGCUUACGAGGAAUCUUUCCAUCGUUUUCGAGGCACAGACCAAGCGUCCUGCCCGGCGAUAUUCAGUCAUCUGAAAGCUUAAGCGAGACUCGGCAUUGGCACAUGGUACAGUUGAAACGCUGUUGCGCUCCAGAGAUGCGCGUGGCGAGUGAUUUCGGGAUAUUUAUUUGCUGUGUUUUUCCAUAUCCACAGGACGGUCCAUAUACAUACCGACGGUAGCAUGCUCAAUGUAAUAUUAUUAGUAAUCUUCAUGACAAGUAGGCUGAGCCGGCUUGUAGCCUUUCUAC